CUCUGUGGCCCAGGCGGGAGUGCAGUGGCACGAUCUUGGCUCACUGCAAGCUCCGCCUCCUGGGUUCAUGCCAUUCCCCUGCCUCAACCUCCCAAGGAGCUGGGACUACAGGCGCUCGCCACUGCACCCGGCUAAUUUUUUGUAUUGUUAGUGGAGACGGGGUUUCACUGUGUUAGCCAGGAUGGUCUUGAUCUCCUGACCUCGUGAUCCGCCCUCCUCGGCCUCCCAAAGUGCUGGGAUUACAGGCAUGAGCCACCGUGCCCGGCUGAGACCCCAUCUUAAUCACACCUGCAGUGACCCUGUUUUCAAGUUAAGGCCACAUUCUGAGGUAUUGAAAAUUAGGACUCCAAUAUGAAUUCGGGGGGACCCAAUUUAACCUGUAAUAUGUAUAUCCCAAAUGCAAUUUUCUCCUUUUUUCUUUUAGACAGUUGCUCUGUCACCCAGGCUGGAGUGUAGCUCUUGGCUCACUGCCUCUGCUUCCCGGGCUCCCGCAAUCCUCCACCUCAGCCUCCUGAGUAGCUGGGACCACAGGCGCACACACAGGUGAUAGAGAUGAGGUUAUGCCAUGUUGCCCAGACUGGUCUUGAACUCCUGAGCUCAAGAGAUGCACUCACCUCAACCUCCCAAAGUGCUGGGAUUACAGGUAUGAGCCAGCAUGCCUGGCCUCCAAAUGAAAUUUUCAGAAAGGCCUUUUCAUAAUAGUAACAGGAAACAAGUGACAUAGGCAUAGCCUUGAUAAAUGUGCCAAAAGCCCAUUUGGAAAUAGCACAUUUGUAGGAGGCCUGAGGCAAGACUUGUGGGAUUGGACGGGAAUGCUCUGUUCCUGGGACCAAUAUCUGAUGAUGGAGAGUGUCCAUUCUUCCCUUUAAAAUUUUUAUUUUAAUAUUUUAUUUUUAAAAAGGGGUCUUGCUAUGUUGCCCUGGCUGGUCUGGAAGUCCUAGGAUCAAGUGGUCCUCCCACCUUGGCCUCCCAAAGUGCUGGGAUUACAGGUGUGAGCCACUGUGCCCAGCCCAUUCUUCCCUUUUAAUAUAUACGCUUCACAUACAGGCUUUGUUUUUGCAACUCCUAUCAAAUCCCAACAAUGUAUUUGGGAGAAUUUGACAAGACAGUUCUAAAGUUUAUCUGAAAGAGAAGCAGCAGAUCCUAAAUGGCUUUCCCCAGGCCCAGCACUGGCAGAUAGCACCUUUCUAACCUUCGGGUGUGAAUCCAAGGGUGGUGGUGGAGCUUCAGGACACAUGCACCCUCGUGUCCCUCCUCUAUGUAAAUGGAAGCCUUCAGUGCCAGCUCCUUUAGGUUGUAAGGACUGAACACGCUCACAGAAGUCGUGUGCACAGUGAGGUGGGGGCUGAAAUGCAGCAGCUCCUCUCCCCGUGUUCUGUCCCCGCCCCACCUCUCCCCCACCUCAACUUUGACCACUAGGGGACCAAUUAUAACAUGAGAUGUCAAGAAUAGCUCAUGUAAAGCCACCCCACCCCAGUCACCUGGUUGCUGCAUAGUGUCACAUUCAUAGGAGUACAAUUUAGUCACUAGUAAUCCUUUGCGAAUAAUACAAACAUCCAGUAAUUCUUUGCUGCAUAACAGGCCUUGUGCUCAAAAGGUUCUGCAGACCUUGCCUGGGUGCUCUGGCCAAGCUGCAGUCAUCCCAGGGCUGGCUGGGGGCUGGGGGUUUGCCGGCAUGCCUGCUGGUUGGUGCUGCUGCCAGUCCCAGCUACUCGGGAGGCAGAGGUACGGGGACGGCUUGGUCUCAGGAGGUUAAGGCUGCAGUGAGCCAUGAUCGUGCUACUGCACUCUGGCCUGGGCAACCAAGCAAGACUCUGUCUCAGAAAAAAAAAAUAAGGGGGUGAGAGGGGCUAUAAAGGCUCUGAGGUCCACGCUCUGGAGGCCCACAAAGUCUUUUCUGCAUCAUCUUGUUUGUCAGAGCAAGACCCAAGGGUGAGCCUAGAUUCCUGAGCUGGGGAAACAGGCUCCACCUACUGGUGGUGAGAACUGUAGACAAUCUGUGGUCGUUUUGAGUCCACUAUAAGUAACCAAAAUAAACUUCAGUCUUGCUUGCAUUUCUCAACAUUAGUGAAAGGGGACCCAGUGCUUGGUUGUAGCAGGCGUCCUAAACUCUCCUUCUGACCUGCAGAGUUUUCAUCUGCAGAAUGUCCCCUCCUGGUGCACAGCAUUCAUGUCCCUUGUCCUCAUCCCUGGUGGGUGCUCUCGCCGCCUCCUUUCUGAUCCCAUCCUCCUCCUUGUCCUACCAACCGUCUGUACUCACCCUGUGUAUUUAGUUUAUAUAAAUGUUAAUGCCUGGCCAGCCGUGGUGGCUCACGCCUGUAAUCCCAGCACUCUGGGAGGCUGAGGCGGGCGGAUCACCUGAGGUCAGAAGUUCGAGACCAGCCUGGCCAACAUGGUGAAACCCCGUUUCUACUAAAAAUACAAAAAAUUAGCUGGGCAUGGUGGCGAGUGCCUGUAAUCCCAACUACUCGGGAGACUGAGGCAGGAGAAUUGCUUGAACCCUGGAGGCAGAGGUUGCGGUGAGCUGAGAUCAUACCAUUGCACUCCAGUUUGGGCCACAAGAGUGAAACUCUGUCUCAAAAAUAAAAAAAUAAAAAAUAAAUGUUAACACCUGUAGUCCCAGUGCUUUGGGAGGUCAAGGCAGGAGGAUCACUUGAGCACAGGAGGUCAAGGCUGCAGUGAGCUGGGAUGGCACUACUGCUCCCCAGCCCAGGCAACAGAGUGAGACUCAAUCUCAAAAAAAAAAAAAAAAAAAAGAAAGGAAAAAAAAGACCAGGGGGGGUGGUUCAUGCCUGUAAUCCCAGCAUUUUGGGAGGCCAAGGUGAGUGGAUCACUUGAGCCCAGGAGUUUGAGACCAGCCUGGUCAACAUAGUGAGACUUCAUUUCUACAAAAAAAUAAUCAGCCAUGCUGUAGUCCCAGCUACUGGGGGUGCUGAGGUGGGAGGAUUCCUUGAGCCCAGGAUUUCCAGACCGCAGUGAGCUAGGAUCAAGCCACUGAAGUUCAGCCUGGGUGACAGAGCAAGAUCCUUUCUCUCUAACAAAAAAUUAAAAUUAAAAAAUAUUGGCCAGGUGUGGUGGCUCACGCCUGUAAUCCCAGUACUUUGGGAGGCUGAGGCAGGUGGAUCAUUUGAGGUCAGGAGUUCGAGACCAGCCUGACCAACAUAAUGAAACCCUAUCUUUACUGAAAAUACAAGGAUUAGCCAGACGUGGUGGUGGGCGUCUGUAGUCCAGCUACUUGAGAGGCUGAGGCAGGAGAAUCACUUGAACCACCAUGCCCAACCUAAUUUUUUUGUUGUUGUUGUUGUUAGUAGAGACAGGGUUUCACCAUGUUGGCCAGGCUCAUCUUGAAUUCCUGACCUCAAGUGAUCCACCUGCCUCAGCCUCCCAAAGUGCUGGGAUUACAGGUGUGAGCCACUGCGCCCGAUCUGAAGACAUUUUUGAUUGGUUGAUUGAGUUGGGGGUCUCACUGUUGCCCAGGCUGGAGUGUGGUGGCAUGAUUAUAGCUCACUGCAGCCUUAAACUCCCAAGCCCAAGAGAUCCUCCCAGCUCAGCCUUCUGAGUAUCCGGGACUACAGGUGCACACCAGCACACCCAACUCAUUUUAAAUUUUUUCUUUUUUUUUUUGAGAUGGAUCUUGCUCUGUCACCCAGGCUGGAGUGCAGUGGCGCAAGCUCCGCUCACUGCAAGCUCCGCCUCCCGGGUUUAUGCCAUUAUCCAGCCUCAGCCUCCCGAGUAGCUGGGACUAUAGGCACCCGCCACCACGCCCGGCUAAUUUUUUGUAUUUUUAGUAGAGAUGGGGUUUCACCAUGUUAGCCAGGAUGGUCUCGAUCAGGAGAUCGUCCAUCUUGGCCUUCCAAAGUGCCAGGAUUGCAGGCGUGAGCCACCGCACCCGGCCCCGUAGUUUCUUACAUGUUCACAAAGAGACAAACUUAAAAGAGCAAAGCAUUACGAACUUUAAGAGGCCAAUGCAGGAGGAUCACUUGUAGCUAGAAUUUUGAGACGAUCCAGGGCAACAAAGUGAGACUCUGUCCCUACAAAAAAAUAAUUUUUUUUUUUUUUUUUGAGACAGAGUCUCGCUCUGUCGCCCAGGCUAGAGUGCAGUGGCGUGAUCUUGGCUCACUGCAACCUCCGCCUCCCGGGUUCACGCCAUUCUCCUGCCUCAGCCUCCCAGGUAGCUGGGAUUACAGGCACUCGCGACCAUGCCCAGCUAAUUUUGUAUUUUUAGUAGAAAUGGGGUUUCACCAUGUUAGCCAGGAUGGUCUUGAUCUCCUGACCUCGUGAUCUGCCCUCCUUUGCCUCCCAAAGUGCUGGGAUUACAGGCAUGAGCCACCGUGGCCAGCCUCUUUUACUAUUUUUUUUUUUUUUUUAAGAUGGAGGCUCACGCUGUUGCCCAGGCUGGAGUGCGGUGGCACGAUCUCGGCUCACUGCAACCUCCGCCUCCUGGUUUUAUGCGAUUCUCCUGCCUCAGCCUCCUGAGUAGCUGGGAUUAUAGGCCACCAUGCCCAGCUAAUUUUUUGUAUUUUUAGUAGAGGUGGGGUUUUACCAUGUUGGCCAGGCUGGUCUCGAACUCCAGACCUCAGGUGAUCCACCCACCUUGGCCUCCCAAAGUGCUGGGAUUACAGGUGUGAAUCACCGUGCUUGGCCUUUACUACUACAUUUUUUUUUUUUUUUUUUUGAGAUGGAGCCUCCCUCUGUCACCAGGCUGGAGUGCAGUGGUGCAAUCUCGGCUCACUGUAACCUCUGCCUCUCGGGUUCGAUUCCCCUGCCUCAGCCUCCCGAGUAGCUGGGACUACAGGCAAGCACCACCAUACCCGGCUAACUUUUUUUUUGUAUUUUUAGUAAAGACAAGAUUUCACCAUCUUGGCCAAGCUGGUCUUGAACUCCUGAUCUCAUGAUCCACCCGCCUCGGCCUCCCAAAGUGCUGGGAUUACAGGCGUGAGACACCGUGCCCGGCCGUCUACUACUUCUUAAAGGGUGAGAGGUGGGAGGAUCACUUGAGCCCUGAAGUGUGCGGCUGCAGUUAGCUUUGAUCGUACCACUGCACUCCAGCCAGGGUGACAGCAGGACCCUGACUCUAAAAAAAAAAAAAAAAGCAAAAAAAAGCAUAUACUAUUAAUACUUCCUCCUUACUAUAAUGUUUACUGUGGCCUUUAUCAGACUAGAGAGUGCUUUUAUCUCUCCCUUUUGUAAGAGCUUUUAGAAUUAUCAAUAGAUGGUCAGGUGAGGUGGCUCAGGCCUGUAAUCCCAGCACUUUGGGGGGCCGAGGUGGGUGGAUCACGAGGUCAGGAGUUGAAGACCAGCUUGGCCAAGAUGGUGAAACCCUGUCUCUACUAAAAAUACAAAAAAAUUAGCUGGGCAUGGUGGCGAGUGCCUGUAAUGCCAGCUACUCUGGAGGCUGGGGCAGAGAAUUGCUUGAACCCAGUAGGCGGAGGUUGCAGUGAGCCAAGAUUGUGCCACUGCACUCCAGCCUGGGCAACAGAGUGAGACUCUGUCUCAGAAAAAAAAAAAAAUUAUUAAUAGAUGGUGACCCUCAUCUUCAUGUUUUCUGCAUCUAUUGAAGUGCGCCACUGAGAUCGUGGAGUUCUUCCCUGUUUGUCCAUAUGGUGAACAACACUGAUUUUCUGAUGUUGAACAAUCCCUGGAAUAAACUCUGCUUGGUUUCCAUGGAUUUCUGUUUCCCUUUAGAUUUUGUUAGUAAUUUAUUUUGGAUUUUUGCAUCCAAGUUCAUAAUUGUAACUGGACAAAUAAAGGCAGAUUUUAAAAGGACAAGUUGGGAGGCUAAGGCGGAAGGAUCACUUGAGCCUGGGAGAUUGAGGCUGCAGCUAGCCUCGAUUGCUCCACUGUACUCCAGCCUGGUGACAGCAGGACCUGUCUCUAAACUAAUAAUACUUAAAAGGACGAGUUUACCUACAGUCUCACCAAGCAAUGAAAGAGCUUAUCUUCCUCCUGUUUCCUUUACGGAUCUUGCUCAUGUAUUUUAUCUUAGUUACUUUAGCAUAAAUGCUAAAUCAAAUUCUUUUUCACUAGACAUCAUCAUAGCUCUAGGCAUACCACAUAAUACCCAAGCACAUUUUAAUCAUUAAAAUUGUUUCCUUUUUU